UAUAAAAUCAGUGAAAUAUCUGUCUCAUUGUUCUAUCUGUGGUGUGCUUUUAUUGGUAACUAGGAAGUUACACAUUUAACCCAGAAGCUCGCAACAACUGUUGAACACAGCGCCACUCCACAACGGAAAGUAAACAAUGAAUACAGCAAACUAACUAAACACUUUGCUACAGUUAAUAACCUAGUUUGCCAGCAAGCUGCAAGCUAAAACGACCUAGUUUAAGAGUAGCUUGCGCUUGACUUUCAUUGAAAAACUCUAAUCUGGCAAACAACAUAGCUAGGUAGGCUAACGUUAGCUAACUAAUCAGACAUUUUCUAGCUAGUUAUCGUUUUCUUCCCAGAUGUCGUUUACGAGGGUGGGCCGCUUACAGCACGGUCAAGGAAAACGACCCGCUGUGCGUCCCAAGAAGGCCAAUGCCCCGAAGAGAGAGUGGGUGAGCACCGUCCAUGACCUCUCUGUACACAAGGCUUCACCGGAGGAGCUGAGUCGUCGUCAUGAGAUGCACCGGUCCCAGAACCGAGUGGUGGCCCAGUGGGAGCUGAGAGAGAGAGCUCUGAGACACAGGAGGAAGAAGGGCCUCCCUGGUAGCCCAGCUCCGCUAGACCGCGCCAGCCUCAACAUCAUCAGAGAGGUGUUCUCAGAUCAGUUUCAACUGCAGGACGUUCUGGCCCGGUCAGACAGAGCCAUGGCUGUGGUCAAAGACUUGUUUGGCGACGCACCUCGCAGGCAGACCGGGUUCCCCAGUGUUACCAUGGCUCCAGACUGUGGCUCUGACUCAGACCUGCCUGUCCUCCAGAAACCAGAGGCCCCAACACAGCUCUCCCUCCUCAGCCAGUCCAUGAUGGACCCACAGGCUCUGAAUGAGCUGGAGGACUCUGUUGAAGACCAUAGUGAUGAAGAAACUGGCCAUUCUGCCUCUGUCAGUUUCAACUCCAACAUGGAUACCAGUUACAAGGUGUAUACCCGGAAAGUGAAAGCCAAGCCUUGUACUAGAGGAGGGAAGCAGCAAAGACCCCAGUGUAUCUCCAACCUCCAGGGGGAAGGAGGAGACAGCCCCCCUCAGACUCCCAGUGCCUCAGGGGGAACCCAAGUACAAGCAGCUCUAAAUGGCACAGUAAAAGUCCAGCGGUUGCGUUCCAGACAGCCCCAACCCCAGCCUGAACCUGAGGAGCCUUUCACCUUGGUCACUCAGGUCCUGAACCCAGACCCUCCUCUCACCCGCUCAGGCAGGAAGAGCCGGUCCUCGAAAGCCAGUAGGGGGCGCAGUACUGAGUCAGGUCUGGAUGGCUCUACCCUCAGCUCUCUGAGUGGGAACCUGUCCAGCCUGGGGCUGCUGCAGGGCCUGCUGGGUCAGGUGGUGACAGAGCUGGAUGGCCUUGAGCCAGAGGAGCCUCCCAGAGCCCCAGGAGCAGGGGAAGGAGAGGGGACGACGGGGCCAAAGCACAGCACACACGGCCUCACAGGUUUCUCUGUGGCUCUGGUGUCUACACUGGGCCGCCUGGCUAGACUACUCAGACAGAGAGAGGAGGAGGCUCAGAGGGAGGGAAAGGAGAGGAGGAGGCUGGAGGAGGAGGUGAAGGAGCAGAGAGGGCUGAUAGACGCCCUCACCGCAGAGACCCUGACCCUGAGAGAGGAGAGCGCCGCCCUGCAGGCAGGUCUGCAGCAGCGAGCGUGUGAUCUGGAACAGAGGCUGGACACAGUGGUGCUGGUUCUGGGGGGAUUGGGGGUACUAGGAGGAGACGGGGACUAUGAGCCCCAAAAGACUGGCAGCAUAGCUACAGGCAGUGAGUGGGCACCGUCCUAUGAUGCAGACGCUCCUGUACCCUCCUAUGAACAGAAUCAGAUUGGUCUCACUCUCAACCCUGCUGUGCUGCUCUCUCCACCACGUCAGAGAGACAACCGGCCACACGGUCACACUUCAGCUGUUCGCUCCCUGUCUCUCCACCACCUUCCCUCUCUCCCUGUGACCCGCGGCUCCUGUGACGACCUCCAGACCAUCAGCUCCGCCCCCAAUCUCUUCAGCCUGCCCCUACACCCCCUCCAGCUGCCACCCCAGACCCCCCCCCCUCUCCUCUGCGAUCCGUCCCAGGGUGCCAUGCUGUCUCAGAUUGCUGAGCUGACCCGUCAGAACACUCUCAUACGGAAUCAGCUGGGGCAGUUCCACCCCGCUACUCCUCCCUCCGGGUCAGAGAUUUGUGAAGGUCAGAGUUCAGGCAGGGAGUCUGUCUCCAGCAGUACAGGGAGACUGACUCCCCAACAGGGCAUGGAGAAGAGAGGCUUCGCUCCCAGCAGCACAGGCAGAACAACACCCCAGCGUGAGGCAGGGAGAGAGAGGGGGACAUGGUUCUGUGGUGGAGAGCAGCAAACACAGCAGUCUGUGGUUAGUGAGGGCAAAGGCUGUGAGAGCAGUGUGGAACAGCGUCUCCUAGAGCUCAACAGGCAGAGUGCAGCAGCCAGGAGCAGACUGCUGGAGCUUAUAGAACAACAGAGACAAAGCUCCUCCUCAGCCAGAGUCUCCCCCUCUGUCUCCCCCAUACCUCCACUGUCGGCAGCAGGACUGAGCCCAGAGUCGUCCAUGCUGCUGCCUGAACAGGACCCCUCCCCCCUGGUCAGUGGAGGUAGUAGAUGGUCUGCUGGUGGGGUCUCUCCACAAAGCCUUGGAGGACAGUCCAGAGGCAGCAGGACUCCGGUGGACAAGCUGAAAGGAGAAGGCUGGUUUGCGUUGUCCACACAUGUAAGAUGAACAAGUUAAGAACUGAAAACAGAAACUCCCUGCAACUUUUAUAACUUUUACUAGAGGUCACUUUAGACUUAAAAUGUUAGUUUUUUACCCAGUUUUUACCUAUGCAAUUGUAUUGUUUGUGAAUUAAAACUUUUGAUAACUG